AGAAAAGAAGAAAAGUAACAUAAAACAUGUAAAAUGCUCCAAAAUUGAGGUCAGAAAUACUUAUUCCCUCAUAUACAAGACUCAAACCACUUUAAUUAAAACUCAAAUCAAAUGAUUGUAUUCUUAUCGGCGGCUGGUAUUGUAGUUUCCUAACAUAUCGAUGCAGGUUGCAUAAAUAAUUGCAAUUAUUAUUAUGUGGCGACGCUGACAGCAAUAUGUCAAAUACUUGACAGUUAUUGACAGUUGUUGACAGUUCACGAUGCGCCGUGCAGUGAUACGUAGGACAUUUGAUAUUUUUGCAAAGGACGCUAAGAAGUUUCAGAAGUACAGACAUGUUUGAAUCUGUCAAGACUUAGGACUAAUUUGGAUUUAUUACACUUAUGUUUGUGAUAAUGAUGUGAAGUGAUAAUAAUCGUUUCUUUUUUUUCUAAUCCAGAUACUCUCUCGUCGAUUUCUUUGCUUGCACGUUUGAAAUCUUUCGAGUAUCUCGAUUGGAAACGCGACUUGCAUCGCGCGCGCGUCGAUUCACCGUGAUGCAUAACUGGGUUACGUUGUCGAUCUGAUUAAACCUGACAAUGUCCGACGCUGACUGCUUUCUUCUGGAAUUAAUCAGUCAGCACACAAUUACGAAAAUGUAACCUUUAUUGCUCGCCUCUUUUAUCGAGCAAAAUACCGAACGAAAUCGUACGUGCGAAUUUUCCACUUACAGUAUUGCUCUCGUUUAUGAAUAGGUUAGCUUCGCGGCCAACGCCUAUGAUACUAAAUGUUCACGCCUUUGCAGAGCUACUCACUAUACUCCUAGAAUUGUCUCGAUCAGAGUGCACUGUGCAAAAUAAUAAAAUUAAUAAAGUUUUGGUUUAAGUGGUCUUGGAAUAUUUUCUGAAAUGGCAAUCACAACAGACCGUAUACUGGAUAUCUUAGUAUCCACACAAUGCUCCAUGGAUGACACGGCAGACGCUGGAACAACAUCAGAUGACACCACGGCUGGCACGGAAGUCGACAGUAAAGUCAAGACAAAAUUGCUCUCUAUGUGGAACAAUGUUAAAUAUGGCUGGACUGUCAAGAUAAAGACGAACUUCUCCAAGGAAUCUCCUGUAUGGUUGCUAGGUCAGUGUUACCUAAAGAAAUCGGAGGAUCCUUUAGAAAGGGCUUCGGAGGCUUUAGAACCGGUCGGAACAGGAAGUCAGGUUUCUUUAGCAAUGGAUGCCACCAAUUUUGAGCACACUAUAGAGGAGUUCAAGCGGGACUUUGUGUCGCGUUUUUGGCUGACGUACAGACGAGAAUUCCCGAUUUUAAACGGCUCCACCUUCACCACUGAUUGCGGUUGGGGAUGCAUGUUGCGCAGUGGACAAAUGAUGCUGGCGCAAGCGUUGGUCUGUCAUUUCCUCGGACGGGAUUGGAGAUGGCGGCCGACGCGGCCGAUCGAAACCACCGAACAGAGAAAGGAGGACAGGAUUCAUCGGAUGAUCAUCAAAUGGUUUGGUGAUCAAUCAGAGUGUCCGUUCUCUAUACACAGGCUCGUGUCGCUGGGCGCAUCAGCGGGGAAACGCGCAGGCGAUUGGUACGGUCCUUCUUCAGUCGCACAUCUUUUGAGUCAAGCUGUGGAAGACGCUAGCGUACAACCUAAGAGCAAGCUUAAUCAAUUGGCGGUAUACGUCGCUCAAGAUUGCACAGUAUACAUGCAAGACGUCGAGAACGUCUGUCGCACGCGCGACGGUAAAUGGAAAUCGCUGAUACUGCUGGUGCCUCUGAGGCUUGGCGCCGAGAAACUGAACCCCGUCUACGCGCCCUGUCUGACUUCGCUGCUGACAUUGGAUGCUUGUAUCGGCGUGAUCGGCGGUCGACCGCGGCACUCGCUCUACUUUAUCGGUUAUCAAGACGACAAACUAAUCCAUCUGGAUCCGCAUUACUGUCAGGAAACCGUCGACGUGCAGAAAAAGGAUUUUCCGCUGACGAGUUUCCACUGUACCUCGCCGAGGAAGAUGUUGCUCUCGAAAAUGGACCCUAGUUGUUGCGUAGGCUUCUACUUUCCCAACAAAGAGUCGCUUACCGAUUUUAUGGAAACAAUUCGACAAUUUGUGAUACCAUCGAACCAGAAAACGGAUUAUCCAAUGUUCCUGUUCUGCGAGGGAAGCGGCAAGGAUCUUCAGCAGGGUAUCGAGGUAGUUGAGGAUCAUCUGCCGUCAACGGGUUCGUUCGUCGGUCACGACACGCUGAUGGACGAUCUGCACGAGUCCGAGGAGUUCGAGAUGGUGCGCUAAGA